ACCCGCCAAAUCAAGCGACGAGAUUCUACCAAAAAUCUCAAACAAUUUAGAUAAUAGCAGAGUGAUUAAGCGAGAGAAGAGAGCCGACCAUGGCAAUUAUACUCGUUGAAUUAUCACCAAAACCACCUCCUGUCCUCUUCGCUCCAUCCACUACCAACUUUCAUCUCGCUCCGAUCAUUCCAUUCGCCAAAUCAAGAUUACACCGACAUCCUACAUAUAAAUUUCCCAAAAUACCAUUGUCGUCGUCAUUUAGAAAUGGAGGCAACACUCCUUCUCCGUCUCCGUCUGAAACCGAUUGCCCUGUUCCACUUGACCAGCAGCCCAUAAACGAAUUCCAGAAUCUCUCCACCUCUUUCCCCUUUUCUUGGGCUUCUGGCGAUAUUGUUGAGUACUUUUCUCGGUUGUUCGUUACCGGCGCUUCUUUCGCUUUCCUUAUUGGAUUGCCCGUUGCCUGGUUUGGUUCGGUGAGGCCAGAAACGGAGCCAUUGAAACCAAUUCUUGCAGGUCUAUCAAGUGGAAUACUCGUGGUUAGUCUUGCUGUAGUGAGGAUGUAUUUGGGUUGGGCUUACGUCGGGAAUCGACUGCUCAGUGCUACCGUUGAAUAUGAAGAGACAGGGUGGUAUGAUGGUCAGAUAUGGGUGAAGACUGCUGAAGUUUUAGCACGAGAUCGUCUUCUUGGUUCAUUUUCAGUUAAGCCCGUACUGAGCAGAUUAAAGUACACGCUUCUUACUCUUGCAACAUCAUUAUUAGUAUGUGUUCUUCUCUUCAUCAAUGUUGAUGGAGCCCAAAAGGGUUCACAACUAACAUCCGAAGCAGCCAUGGAUAGAGCCAUUCCUGGAGCGUACAAUGAUGAGUCAGCCAGAUCAUUUGAGCCAGAUGCAUUUUGCGGUGAGCCUGGUCUUUCCUAGUUGCAGAAAAUUAAGCAGUUGUUAAGAAUUUGUUUUGAAAAAGUAUAGAUUCAGGAUCAUAUUCUAUUUCUGUAUAGUUGUGUAUGUGCUUCUAUUGUAUAACUAUGACGUAUUUUUACUACUGGUGAACAAAAAUUAUGAACGAUCUGCAAGUGCAAUAACAUAGUAUUAUUGUUUUGUUGGGUUAA